AUGGUCCUAAGCACCGAGUGGUCCCAGGUGGAAAUUAUUGAUCUCAUCAAUGAUGGUAAUGGACUUGGAUUCAUGUUGGUCGGAGGCCGCAGUACCGGUGUCGUUAUAAAAGCACUUAUACCCGGUUCGGUGGCAGAGCGGGACGGCCGGUUGCAGAGCGGUGAUCAUGUUCUGCAGAUUGGCGACGUUAAUCUUAGAGGCUUCAGUUCUGAACAAGUGGCCACCGUAUUACGCCAAACCGGUCAACAGGUACGUCUGAUAGUGGCUCGUCCGGUGGAGCCAACUUCACCGGACUAUCAAGCUCUAGCUAGCCAUGCGCCUAUUAUACCCACCAAAAUGUUGACUGACCCGGAGGAGUUGGAUCGAACACUACUACAAACGGCUGGCUAUACUUCGGGAGCUUUUCUUCAAUCACCGGUUGAAGAAUCCGAAGAACUGUGUCCUACCCACAUCGAAGUGGUUGCGGUGAACAAUACAAUAAAUAUAGAUACUAACAGUCUAGCCUUGAUAUCGCCCUCCUCGAUUUCGAUUCCACAAGUACUUAGUCAGCCUCUACUUAGCAUUGCUCAACAACAGCAACUUCCACCACCACCAUUACCACCUCCGGAUCCUCAGGACUAUAUCGAUUUACCAGAAACACCCGAAACAGAAACGUACGACGUGGAACUGCGGAAAAACGUUUACGGGUUGGGAAUAACCGUGGCCGGAUAUGUGUGUGAAGAGGAAGAUCUCUCGGGAAUCUUCGUGAAAAGUAUUAUCGAAGGUAGUGCUGCUGAAAUGAGUGGAAAGAUUCAGAUUAAUGACCGUAUAGUGGCUGUGGAUGGCAAAUCGUUAAGUGGGGUAACCAAUCACCAAGCAGUUGAAAUAUUGCGGAAUACGGACAUUGCGGUACGGUUAUCUCUAGAAAGAUUCCUCAGAGGCAGGAAGUAUGAGCACCUGCAAGUGGCACUGAUCGAUACAAACUCUACAAAUGCGCAAACGCCAACAAAUACACAGAUGUCGCAAUUUAGUUCCCACAGAUGCUCGAUCGUACAAUCGCCUUCUGUAACGACGCUGUCCAUUUGCUUAGCUAAGUCAGAUGCCGAUUCUAUGGUAACAGAAUGCGGAGAAUGCGGUAUCGAACCGGAAAUGGAGUCAGCGACUACUUACGAUUCGAAUGUGUUUUUGCUAGAAAAUGGGGAUUGCAGUGAGAAUGGAUUGUAUGAAAAUGGAACGGUAAUCGCGGCAAUGGCAGCAUCAACAGCUGCUACACCGAUGAAAGAACAUGUUGACCUAGUACUUGAUAUGCAAGGAGAAACUCUGCGAAGUGCAUCUCAGUUUGCAACUCCAGUUGUGGAAGUGAAUCCAGUGAUUGAAAUGUGGCAGAGACAGCUCCCGGGCAGUCAAGUGAUAUUUGCUGAUAUUCACAAGCUUUCCGGAUUGGGCAUAAGUCUAGAGGGAACAGUUGAAGUGGAGGGUGGGGUUGAGGUUCGUCCUCAUCAUUACAUCCGAUCGAUUCUCGAAGAUGGCCCGGUUGGGCGAGACGGAACCCUGAAACCAGGUGAUGAGUUGCUCCAAGUUAACGAACACCGUUUGCAAGGUUUAAAACAUAUCGAAGUGGUGAAGAUCCUAAAGGAACUGCCUGCAAAGGUAAGAGUGAUCUGUGCCCGUGGUACUACCGCUCCAACUGUGAUUAAUACUUCUCAAAAUGCGGAAGCUUUCGAGGCGCGCAGUCUUCUAGCUGGUGGUCUCCAAAGUUUACAGAGCUUGCAAGGUAUUUUGACGAAAGCUCAAUCCGAGAGCUCGCUGUACACAUCCAGUACGGCAACUCUAACUGACCAGCAGCGCUCCAAAUCCGUGGAGCAGGUGUCUGGUCUAGCAUUAUGGACCAACGAGGUAAUAUACUGUGAUAUCGAGAAAACGGAGCGCGGUUUCGGAUUCUCGAUAUUGGAUUACCAGGACCCGCUGGAUACAGAGGGAACUGUGAUAGUUGUUCGUGGACUGAUACCGGGUGGCUCGGCCGAAGCUACUAAUUUCAUUUUCCCUGGCGACCGUUUAGUGUCGGUGAACGAACACAGCCUGCAGGGGGCGACACUCGAUCUGGCGGUGAGUAUACUGAAAGGUAUCCCUCUGGGGACAGCUCGCAUCGGACUUUGCCGACCGUUGUCGACAUCGGAUAACAAUCUGUCAUCCACACCGGAAACGCCUACAACAUAA